AUGAAAAUUAACUUUCGUCGCUAUUUAUAUAUGUUUUCGGUUGCUCUACUAAUAAAUAUAAUUUAUGAAUUGAAUGAUAUCUUCUUCAUUAUGCCAUAUUCUGGUGGAGGUAUUAAACAAUUUGUCGAGUUUAAUGAAACAUUGCCUUUUGUUCAAAUUAUAACGGAUAAUAUAAUUAUUUUGGCAAGUGUCCCAAUAAUGUUUAUUGAAAUUAUUCCAUAUUUUAUAAUAAUUUUUUGUGGAAUUAAAAUGGUUAAAUACGUUAAUUCACAUACUGGACUUGAUCAGAAUAUGAAAACAUUGUCUAAACAAUUAACAAAAACAUUAAUAAUUCUGACUCUUGUUCCGUUCGUAAAACAUGCAACAAUUUUAAUACUUUCAUUAUUCAUUCAAACAAACAGUAACACUGCAAACAUCGUCCGUUUAAUUAUUAAUCAUUGGUUUCAUUUUACCCCUGUAUUUAACGCAAUUAUUUGUAUAUUAACAAACAAACCAUAUCGAAAUGCUGUUUUUAAAAGUAUAAGAAUAUUUCCACAAUAA